UGUGUCACAUGGGGACAGUGAGAACGAGACAGUUUGAGUGUGUGUGCGUAAAAUAUAUAGCCUGUGCGUCGAUCCAGAAAUGAAUAGGUGGCCCCCCUGUCAGACACAAUUUAUGUGAGAGAACAGUUAAAGGGAGAGACGCUGUAGCGACUGUGCUCUCCCCCUCUCUCUGUGUGUGUGUGUGUGUGUGUGUGCGGAGAGGGAUUACCAUUACGCGCGUAAUGCGGAGCACAGUCCCUGGUGAAGCAUUAGUCGGGAGCGGACAUUCGGCGACAUAAACAGUCCAGUCAUUACAACUGAAGACUUGCGUCGCUGCAGCGCGUCACAUGGUUUCAUUUAACUGUGUGUUUUAUUCGAUUGGAUGACUGCGCCAACGUGAAAGUCAAAGAUGCGCACGGCUGAACAAAGGAUUUAGGGGGGAAACGACAAAGAAACUCUCGCACAUUUCAAUCCUGACACCCGGGUGUCCUUAUAGUCUCUCCAGUGUGGACUUGCUGGAGCUCAGGGUUAAUGCCAACACCGCCUCUGAGGACCACGGGCACGGGCUGAAUAACCGGGCUCCUCCGGUUUGGAACCUGGAGCAGGAGGAAUCAUCUGGUCCGAUCGCGUCCAUGUGGAUGGAGAGUGAAAAGGCAAACGCGCCUUGCUCCGAAAUGUGACAUUAUUAUUCGAUCUACCAUUAACCCUCACAACUGUGCGCCCGUCUUCGUUCUUGAUCGGAUUUGUUUACAUCGUUAAAGAAAUGGCGUUCCUCCCGAUUGUCCUGCUGCUGCUGACUGUUGCUCAUCAUGCCAGGAGUCAAGAUGCCACUAAUGAGGUCACUCCAAGGGGCUGUGGCAUCGGCUUUAAGGAACCCUACAUCCUCCUCUGUGACAUGGACGCAAUGUGGGGUAUAGCUGUUGAAGCUCUGGCUGCUGCUGGGACAUUAGUUAGCAUCAUAAUAGUCCUAGUCCUGCUGGGCCGUUUAAGCCACAUCAGUGAGGCUGAGAAGCGCAGCGGCGUGGGACCAAUCCUCCUGCUGCUCCUCGGCGUGCUUGGCUUAUUUGGCCUGAGCUUUGCUUACCUGAUCACACAAGAUCAGAUAUUAUGUCUGGUCCGUAGAGCCCUGUGGGGCCUCUUCUUUGCUGUCUGUUUUUCAUGUUUGUUGGUGCAAGGUAUUCGUCUGCGAAGGCUUGGUCAGGAGCAUCGAAGCCCCGGAGGCUGCACCCUCACUGGCCUGGCACUGGGAUUGAGUGCUGUGCAGGGCAUCAUUGCCGCAGAGUGGCUACUUCUCACCGUGCUGCGGGAGGGACAAGAUGCCUGUCAGUACACACCUAUGGACUUCGCUCUUGCCUGCAGCUACGUGCUAACACUCCUAUUGGCUGCAAUGACUGCAGCCGCCAUAGCCCUGUGUGGGAAGACACGUCAGUGGCGGCGCAAUGCCGUUUGGCUGCUGGUGUCCUGCGGGCUGUCAGUGCUGCUGUGGGUGACAUGGGUGGGCUUCUAUCUGUACGCAAAUGCCUGGCUGAACAAGGCCCCGGCCUGGAAUGACCCGACACUAGCCUUUGCUUUAGUAACUCAGGGCUGGUUGCUGAUAAUCUUUCAUGCCAUCCCUGAAUCCAAAAACUGCCUGAUACCCCCUCCGCAGCCAAGUGCACCCAAUUACUUUGACACCUCCCAGAAUUCAACACGAAGGAGGGGGACCAGCUUUGAUGAAGACAUCCCUCUCUCUCACAGACAGUUUGUGGAGAACCAGGGCUAUGGAUACAGCGACGAGAACACUGCAGGCUUGAGGAGCAGUGGUGGUGCCAGCCAACACAAUAGUAACACUGCUGCCAGACCCAGCGCACCUUUCCGCAGCAACGUCUACCAGCCCACUGAGAUGACCAUGAUCCUGAAUGGGGGAGCGGUGCCCUCCGCUCCUCCGACCUACACAGGGAGGCAGCUGUGGUGAGUGACAGGAACUGGGAAGAGAAUAUGUUGUAGAAAAUGAAAAGAAGAAGAAGAAGAGGAUGAGCGGGUGUUGAGGGAGGAGUCUGGGAUGGUUGGAUUGGACAUGGAUGGCAAUAGGGCACUAUCACUCUGUGUACAGACUUUAACACUGACCGUGUGCCAAUCAACGACUAUGAUGUAUGGGCGUGUGUGUGUGUGUGUGUGUGAGAAAACAGGGUAUGGAGGACAGAGCUAAAGCUCAUAGAGCACACACACAUCCCUCUCCCUCUCUUGGGUGUAAAAACUAAAAGUGUGACCAGAAAAUUGCAAAAUAAAACACAUGCCAACUCAGAUCAGAGAAUAUCAACAUGCAGUAUUCCUUCUUUUUGUUUUUGUUUUUGUUCUUUGAAUUUACUUCCCUGAGACUGGAGCACUGUAAGCAUCCAUGAAAACUGUGAAAAAUAAAUCACUUGCUGCUGCUCCAUCUCUCUCCCUGACGGUCAGUAUGUCUUCUCUGCUAAGCCUCACGUUGCUGCUGCUCAAGUAGAAUCAUUUUGCUCUGUCCUCCAUCCAUCCACAGCAUAGGUGAAGACAUAGCACAUGGGCAACUGUACAGCUUGAGCACUGCCUGCUUAAAAAAAGAAAAGAAAGAAAGAAAAAAAAAAAAAGAAGAAUCCAGCCUCUGUGGGUGUGUAUGUUACAUGUCAUUUUUACAUUACAUGUAGAGUACAUGAGAGGAAAGAGUGUUGGUCCAUCUCCUACAUCUCAAACAAACCUUCCCUUUCCUGCCUGCAACUCUCUUCAUCUCUGGUCUGCACUUCUCUGUCAACAUAACACAAAACUCUCCUCUCACCUUGACUCGUCCUCCCACCUACUACCUAGGACACUUUGCAAAAACCAACUGUGAAUCCCCAGACUGCAGUGGGGAAACAAGUUCUCUGUGACCACAGACACUACAAACGUAGCGUGAAGCACCCGAGGAGAAAGACUACUAGCUGUUAAUGAGCUGUUGUUAGAUAUGUGAUGGAAUAUAGUGGGUUCUGAGUGGGCAACAGGGGCGUCAGUCAACGGGGAGGCACUGGGUUCAUGAAUCUCAGAAAAUAUCACUUUAUAUCAGGAGGAAACAGAGCAAGGAAAUUUCCUCUGUUCUUAGUUCCUUUAUCUGUGCUAUUGUGUGGCGCGUACAUCAGCGCUGUGCGUAUUUGAGGUGUGUCAAGACUUGAUGGGGACAAUUCAAAGUCAAGGUUGCGCUCUGGUGCUAAAUAUUCCUCCAAACAACUUUGCAGUGAAGCGCAGGACUGCAGGAGCAGCAGGAGCAGCAGGAGCAGCAGGAGCAGCAGCACUGGUGUGGGCUGUAGUCAAACUGUGAGUGACAGACUAUAUAUAGCGCUGUGGCUGCUGUGCAGAGAUAUUCCAUAGCUUUGGGGAAGAUCAGAUUUACAGUGUGAGGUUGGAAGAUCAAAUGUAAUGGGAGGAGAAGGGAGGAAAGGGAGGGUGGAGGGUGUGACACAAUCCAAAAGGGAGUCCAUGUGACAGUGAAAUCUCUGUGACCCUCUUCAAUCUGUGUGAGAAAAUGGCUCCCUGCUCUGUCUGUGUGUGUUUCUGUGUGUGCUGUGGGGGCGGCCAUGCAGCUCCCUCCAUUCAGUGUGGUUGUCAUCUUUAUCUGGGGAAGCGUCCCUCCUCCUUCCUCCUCCUCCUUCCUCCUCCUCCUCCUCAUCAUCAUCGCCCUGUCUCGUUGUGAUCGGCUGUAGCUAAAGUCUCCGUGCCAAGAAAGAGACUUGUUUCACAAACCUUUCCCCUCCAUCGUGACACCAGCUCUCCUUCACCGGAGGAGCUGUGUACAUAGUAGUGCUGUAAAGCUAUGCUCACUUUUUUCUUUUCUUUUUUUUUAAACUGUAGGCUGUGUUUAAACACCAGUGUCAUAAGACCCACUGAGGCAACUGACUACUGCAAACUGUUUUUAUCUAUAUAUAUAUUUUUAAAUUGGUUUGCUAUGUGUUAAUACAUUGCUUGAUCGUUACAUUAUCCUUUUAUUUUUCUCAUGCUGCUGUCUCGUUUUUUUUGUAUUACCAUUUUGGAAAUGUUUUGCCAACACUAGAUAUGCUUUUAUUUUUUGUUUGAUUUUUGGUCAUGGCCCAUCCUGUCACAGUCAUGGGGAUAUAUAACAUUUUUUUAAUUUUUUACAGAAGAAAAAAAUCACAAAGGAAUAACCUUCGGCACUUCAUACAGUAAAUCAUUACUUAAACUGUGAUACAGUUAUAUAACAAUUAGUGGGUGGGCAAAAUCAAUUGACAACAAAAAAGAAAAUAGGAUUAAGGGGUUGAUAUUUGACUGCUGCUGUAUGUUAAUGUCUUACCCACUGGCUGUUAUAUAAUAGGACUGGUAGCAUCAGGGUAGCUCCAUGCUCAAAGACGGCUCUGUUUGGUCCACAAAACAAACUUUAGGCUCAUAGUCCAUGAGACAGAAGUGUCAUCAGGGUUUGGAACGGUCGCUCAAUGGUCUAAAAGGGAAGCUUUCAAUUCUUGUGACGUUUUCACUCACUGUGGAGUACAAAAAAAAAAGAAAAAAGAAUAACAUGUGACUUUGUAGAUUUUGCACUCGUCAACUACCUAUCUGUGCAUGCUUAUCACCAUUUCUACAUGUAAGACCUAUCUCAGACUGUACUUUUGAAUACUAACUCUAUUUAUGUAAAGUUCAUGUGACAGCAAUCAUACUGUUGGUGUAUAUCAAAAGACACACUCUUAAUGUCUGUGCUUUCUUAAACACAAAGAGUGGCAAAGAGAGUAAAGGCAGGGGAAACAUGGUCCAAAAUAGGAAACAAAAUGCCAGCAUCACUGGACCUAAUAAUACUUUCCUCUAUUUGUUUGAAGACUUUAGGGGAAUAAAAAAAAAAAAGAGAGAAUCUUUUGACUGAUCUCUGUCUCUGACUGUCUCUGUGUUAAAAUCAAAUAGACUGUGGUGAUAUUUGCACAAAAACUCUAUAUGUUAUCUUUGUCAUCCCUUGGCAGCCUGUUUGAACACUCAUCCGCCCUGGGUUUGACAUGUCCUCCUUGCCUGUCCUCUCUUGAUCUGUCUUGCCUUCAGACUGUUCCAGUGGGGCAGCUGAUAGGGGGGGCGAUACUGGUUUUCACUGCUGUGAUUGUGCAGUUACGCAGCAUGCCUAUGUAUAGAACUUGAUUCCCCUGAUUAGAAAAUGGAAAAAAAAACAAACAGUUAAAUCUCUUGUUUCUGUAACUGAUUCAAAUAAAAACGUUCAAUAAAAGUGUCAUGUUUGUAGUUAA